AAAUCAACAAGAAAUAGCUGACAGUUCUGACACUUUUUCUCCACGUGCUAUCUCCACAGUUAAACUCCUCCAUUACAUAACCCUCAGUUCAAUCUUUAACAUUAACAAAAAAACACAAAAUUUCUUCAGACAAAAAUGACUUCAUCCCCGUCACCUUCACCCAAGAAAAAAAACUUAACAUCAUCAGCCACAGAGGCUGUCUUCAUCCAGCCCUCAUCCCCAAGAUUCCCGGUCACCACUCCGACGUCCGGCGCCCAGAGAAGAAUCGGCAUAGCCGUUGAUCUCAGCGACGAGAGUGCCUACGCCGUCAAAUGGGCCGUCCAAAACUACCUCCGUCACGGUGACGCCGUUAUCUUCCUCCACGUCAGACCCACCAGUGUGCUCUACGGUGCUGACUGGGGCUCUAUUGACGUGUCAAUAACUGACCAAGAUUCUGAUAUGAUCACAAAGACUGAGGAGGAUUUUGAUUUGUUUACUGUUAGGAAGAUUAAUGAGGUGGCGCAGCCGCUUGUGGAGGAGCUGAUACCGUUCAAGAUUCAUAUUGUGAAGGAUCAUGAUAUGAAGGAGCGGCUUUGUUUGGAGGUGGAGAGGCUGGGAUUGAGUGCUGUGAUUUUGGGAAGUAGAGGGUUUGGGGCGUCGAGGAAGAGCUCGAAAGGGCGGCUCGGGAGUGUUAGUGAUUAUUGUGUUCAUCAUUGUGUUUGUCCUGUUGUUGUUGUUAGAUAUCCUGAUGAGAAAGAUGAUGGUGAUGGUGAUGUUUCGGGUGAAGGGUCCGGUCGUGGUGGUGCAAAGAGCGACGAGAAGGAUGUGGAAAUGCUGCCCCCGGUCGUGGAGGAGGGAAAGCAUGAGUAGGUUGUGAUUAUGAUAGAGAUCAGGUAUGUGAAGGCUGCUUGAAUGGACGACGGAGUGCAAAAUGUCUCGAAAGAUGAAAUGUUCAUAACGGUUGUAUCAUCUAUUUUCUCCACCUUUGUACUAUCUUGUUGCAUCUGUUCCUUUGGCAUGAAAAGGGGAACAUGUUCCUCAUUUGCUUUCAAGUCUCGUCGUAUGAUAUGGUGCGUUUUAGAUUUUGUUCGUGUUAUGAUGAAAUGAUGGAUGUAAACUUUGUUUUACUUGAUAUCCUGUCGUAUAAUGUCAAUGCCGAUAUCUGUAUCUGAGUUGGCUCGUGUCUUUUCAUCAGAGAAUAAGUUUGUGACUUUACUUUCAA